CAAGUUAUAUAAAUAUAUGUUUGGGAAUGAAUGGGGAAGAUAGAAUUCCAAUGAGGCGAGUUAGGAUUAUAGUGAUAGCAUUUAUGCUGCUAACUUCUUUUUCUUUAACCUCUUCAACAUCAGAAUCAUGCCCUUACUCCUCCAUAUUCAGCUUCGGUGAUUCCCUCGCCGACACCGGCAACCUCUAUCUCAGCUCACCACCGCUUUCCGACAACUGCUUCUUACCUCCUUACGGUGAAACCUUCUUUCACAAUGUCACAGGACGCUGCUCCGAUGGUCGUCUCAUCAUCGAUUUCAUCGCUGAGUUUCUUGGGAUUCCAUCGGUGAAACCGUAUCUGGAAAAGAAGAAUAUUGGUGGUGGAUGGAGUUGGAAAGACGGAGGAGCCAAUUUUGCAGUUGCAGGAGCGACGGCGAUGGACUCAACCUUCUUUCAACAGAGAGGCAUUCCUGUCAAUACCAAUUAUUCUUUGUCAGUUCAACUCACUUGGUUUAAGGAACUGCUUUCUACUCUUUGCAAUUCUUCUUCCCAAAGUUGCCAUGAAGAGGUUAAGAACUCAUUAUUUCUUGUGGGUGAAAUAGGUGGAAACGAUUUCAAUCAUCCUUUGGUUGUAGGAAAGAGCAUAGCAGAAGUUAAAUCGUAUGUGCCUAAUGUCAUCAAUACAGUAUCUUCAAUAACCAAAGAGUUGAUUGGUUUAGGGGCUCGCACGCUCAUGGUUCCUGGGAUUUUCCCUUUUGGAUGUAGAGUAAUAUAUUUAACAAUUUAUGAAACCAAAGUUGAGAAGCAAUAUGACAAAUUUGGAUGCUUGAAGUGGUUAAACGAGUUUGCUGAAUAUUACAACCAUGAACUCCAAAUUGAAUUAAAUAAGCUUCGAGCUCUUCAUCCUCACGUUAAUAUUAUCUAUGUUGAUUAUUACAAUGCUGCAAUGACUUUAUAUCGUCGUCCUGCAAAAUUUGGACUUAUUGCUCUUAAAGCAUGUUGUGGAAAGGGAGGUCCAUACAAUUUCAAUGUAUCAAUACAGUGUGGUGAUCCAGGCGUGAAUGCUUGUGAUGAUCCUUCUAAGUAUAUUGGAUGGGAUGGAAAACAUUUAUCUGAAGCUGCUUAUAAAUUAAUCGCUCAAGCUUUUAUAAAAGGGCCAUAUUCUUUCCCUCAGUUUAGUUCCCUGUGUUUGACUAAUGUAAAUUAUGGUUAUACACGUACCUUUUAA